AUGGGAGAAACGGUAGAGGCAGGCAGUCAUUUACUCCCACACUAUUUCGAGACCGACGUCGACGACAUUCUCGACGACGUUUUCAACGACAUCGGCGGCUACAUCCACAGUCCCGUCGACAGAUUUAUGGUCAAAUACUUUGCUAGGUUCGACUCGAUCCUCCAGGACACCGUGACUGGAAUAAUAGCUCGUGACCGCUACCCGUUUUCACUAUCACCCCGUCCAUCUGUCCAGGACAUUCUUGCCUGGUUUUCUGCCCUGUCGCUGGAGGGAGUAAACGGCGCCCGGGGCACCUGGCAUGCAUGCUGCCACGCACCGGCAGCAGCAGCAGCAUCCGAGCCCGAAGGUUCUAGCGGCGGCGGUGCUCACCUGCUCCUGACGCGCUCGGCAGCAUUCGACCCAAACAUCGAGGCCUCGUGGCGUGACGUCGAGGUCAUCGGGCAGUUCUGCCAAGACGAUAACAGCAGUGGAGGUACCUAUCUAGACGGGCUGCUGGCUCUCGGCGGGCACGCCCGGGCCGUCUUCGCCGCCCAGCCGACCCGCCUCUUCCUCCACGGCUUCUACGUCUUCGACAGGUCCGGGCUCUACAGCAGCGGCGCGCUCGACCUCCGCCGCGACAGCCGCCUCACGCCGUUCCUCUCCGCCGUGCUCGGCUACCGUCUGAUGCGGGACGGCGAGCUCGGGAGGAGCGGUAUCAUCCGAACCGACGAGGUUGGCAGUUUUAUUACAUUCGAGCUAGAGCCUGAGCCCGGGCACGCCGCGGCGCUGGGCGAGAAGCUCUACCUCGAAGACCAGCCGAUCGCGCUCUCCCGGACCCUCGUCGGGCAGGGCACCGCGUGCUACCGGGGCAGGCGGCCGACCUCGAGCAGGUGGCACUGCGUGGUCAAGUUCACGUGGCGCUGGGCCCGCACGCGCCCGGAGGAAGAGCUGCUGAGGCUGGCCGGGGAGAAGGGCGUACGCGGCUUGGUGUCGCUCGACUACGACAAGCGGUAUACCAGCACGGCAGACCUGCGCUCAGGUCUCCGCUGGGGCCCGCACAGGCGGCUUGUCUCGCAGCAGCAGCAGCAGCAGCAGCAGCAGCACCAGGCCGACAACCUCAUACCCCGCGGAACAGCAGCAGCAGCAGCCGGCGCCGGCGCCGGCAUACUCGACGUGACGGAGGCCACCAGCCGCUUCCUGCAGAACCGCAUCCUGACGUGCCUGGUCGUGUCGCCGGCUGGGCGGCCGCUGUGGACGUUCCAGACGGCGCUGGAGCUGCUGCGCGUGCUCUGCGACGCCGUCAGCGCCCACUGGUCGCUGCUGCAGCGCGCUGGCAUCCUGCACCGCGACGUGUCGCCGCAGAAUAUUGUCAUUGCCGACGGGGACUCUGGCUCGGUAGGCAUCCUGAUCGACCUCGACGUGGCCCUGGACGUAGCCAGCGGCGGCCCCGCGUCGCCUCCGGGCGAGGUCGUCGGCACGCGCAUGUUCAUGGCCGUCGAGCUGCUGCUGCUGGGAAAAGAGGGAGGGAGGCACACUCACCGGCACGACCUCGAGUCGUUCCUCUACGUUCUGCUGUGGGCCGCCAUCGCCAACGGCUCCGACAGCUUGCUGGGCGGGAGCCGGCUGCGGCUGUGGGGGAUAGAGAAGACCUGGGACGACUCGGCGGCGCACAAGGCGCGGGAUAUGUCUGCGGACAGCUUCUCAGUCGUGUUGGCAGAGAUACCGCCCAGGCUCGCCGCUGUGAGACCGCUCGCCAAGAACCUGCGGAGGGUCCUGUUCCCUGAGGUAGUUGGGACGGGGACGGGGACGGGGACGGGGACUGAUGAUGUCGACGCCGUGUACGACGCCGUGCUGGGCGCGUUUGAGGAGGCUGUUGCUCUCGAGGCUGGAAGUGGAAGGGGGUUGUAG